AUGAAAAGCUCGCUCGUCGUUUACGUGCUUGGCUCCUCGGGCUCGGGAAAAACAAACCUGUUGCGGCAGCUCAGUUGCAUGUGCGAAAGCGGCACUCUGCAGGCCCGUCCGAUCCACGACGCCCCAACGCAGGGGCAGGAGGUGCAUUUACUCGGCAUUAAGGCGCCGCAGCAAAAGGUCUUGCCCCGCACAGUGGAACUCCGCGAGGUGGGCGGGGAACUGGCCUCGCUGUGGGAGAGGUUUAUUCGCUCCUGGGAGAACUCCAUCAAAGACAAGGAGGGUGUCAAGCCUGCCUUAAUCUUCCUUGUGGAUGCGUUGUCGCCGCACUUGCUCCCUAUGGCGUCUGUCAUGUUCAGUAGACUGAAGGGCUCCGAUGGGGCAUGCCGCGACUGGCCGACGGUGGUGCUGCUGAACAAGGCACUUGCAAAGAAUGCCAUGACAGAAGAGGAGUUGGGGUUUUUCCUACCAGUGGAGACGUGCAAAAACACACAGUUGUUUGCUGUUGAUUCUUGGAAUGGGCUGGGGCUCGGGGAUGUCAUGGAGUGGCUCAUUAGCAUGGCGUUCUCCGACUGA